AUGAGGAAUUGUCCAUCAGAUUCGUAUCUGCCACAUUAUACUGAGCGUUUUCUUUCUAGGUACACAAUUGUCCAACUCUAUCGUAUCGUCAAGACGCCACCAGAGGCUCACCCCGAGACCCAUUUCCGCUGUGAUACUUGCACGAAAACUUUCAGGACGAAAAAGUUGCGACGGGCUCACAUCACCUACGUGCACACGAGGAAGCCGUGCUACCCGUGUAAAAUCUGCGGAAGGCCGUUUAAGAAUAGAUUGGGCGCCAAGCACCACGAGGAGGUGCACAACCCCUCCAUGGGGUUCAAAUGCAAUCUCUGCGAGAAAGCGUACUCGUCCAAGUAUAACUUGAAGGUUCACGUCUCGAGGGAUCAUAUGGACAAUAAGAAGUUUAAGUGCCCAACGUGCGGCAGAGCGUUUUAUUACGAAAGAGAGCUGGAAGAGCAUAAGAAAAAGGUUCACUUGGGUGUCACCUUCGACUGUUCAGAUUGCGGGAAGAGGUACGUCGACCAGUACUCCUUUAAUCUUCACCGUCGCACACACGAACCGGGCUACAGUCCAGCGGUGUUCACGUGUAGACAGUGCGGUAAGACGUGCAGGACGAUGGCAGGUUACACCGGCCAUCUCAAGACGCACAGCUCGACAGAUCGGGGUUUUGUGUGCGACACCUGCGGAAAGAACAUCAGUAGCAUGACGGGCCUUCGAACGCACCUUAGAAUACAUUCGGGCGAAAAACCGUUCGAAUGCCACACGUGCGGCAAGGCGUUCUCGUCGAAAACGGUCCUGGCAACGCAUCUGGUCGUGCACACCAAGGCGAAGCCCUACAAGUGUCAGCACUGUAAGAAGCGGUUCACCCAACGCACCACCCUUACAAUUCAUCUGAGGAAACACACGGGCGAACGGCCGUACGCGUGUCCCAUCUGCACCAAGUCGUUCGCCACGAAGAUGCUCUUAAAGUCGCAUCUUAACGCGCACGCUAAAUUCGCUGAUAAUGACACGUAG